AUGGAUAAAGUGUACGAAUAUGCGAAAUCUGCGAUAGUUCAUUUUAAAUUGGAAAGAUGUUGUUGUCUAGCCCCCAUCCGUAUUGGUGUGAUAAUAAUGGGAUAUUUUAAUGUAUUUGUUGGGCUAUUAUCCCUGGUAGGAACAGCGGAUGGAGGCAUCACACCACCUCUAAUGGCAGUUCAAGAGUUGAUCCUCGAAGAUAAUGCUUCCAAGCCCCUGGGUGUCAUUGCGUAUACAGCAGAAGUCGGUUUCAACAUGGUGCUGCUAUGCGGCAUAUACAGGAAUGAUGUAGUCCUCCUGCGAAUCUAUAUUUACUUCGUGGUGGUAGCAGUGGUGUCUUCCAUAUUGGUAUACUCUAUGGUCAUUGCGCUGAUAUCGAUUCUGACGAAACUGCUCAUAUUUGGUAGUAUCGCAUUUCAAUUCUACAUUAUACUCCUAGUAAGAAGCGCGAUAGUUGAAAUAAAAGAAAGCAAUGCCACAGAUAAAAAUGGCCACGCAGUUAUUUAUUCGGUAGUGCGAGAUAGCGAAAGUAAAGUUGAAAUCAAACUACCCUCCGAGCAGGGACAAGAAAUUGAGAAAAAAGAAUUGGAAGAUGAAACUGUUAAAGAGACGGAAAAUACUGAAGUAAAGGUGGCAUUAGAUGAAAAUGGAGACACAAAUCAUAAUUCCGAGGAAAAGCCAGAAAGUAUCGAAGUACCACAUAAAAGUAGUGACAAUGUAAAGUGA